AGAAUUACUCUAUUUGUAACUAAUUAGUAACUACUAUUGAUAAUUACAAGCCCAGCAUUUGUUGAAAUGGACAUAGGCCACCGGCUGUCAUGAGAUCAUCUUCCAUGAAGAAUGUGUUGUUUUGGUCAAAUCUUAAAAUAUUAUUGUGAAAAUAAUCCUUAAAUAUUUGUUGGACAUCUCUUAACCCUCCCGCAUUGUUAAUGGCGUCAGAUGGGCCCCAGGUGCUUUUUUAUUUUUAUUUUUUAGGAGUGCACCACUUCACCCUUGCCAAGGGAUAAGCCAUGUUCAACCACCCCUUGUCCUGGAGGGGUCACCUGGCAGCGGAAGGGUUAAAAAUACUUGCUGGGUAAGAAAUCCAGCGGUUCAUGGGGUGUUUUACUAAAACGAUUCUCAAAUUAUUCAAAAAGGCAAAACAUUUUCUACAUGACAACACACACCUCUAGAGCCCUCUUUUACUGUCCUCCUUCACCUGUCUGAAGUGUCAUUAUAAAAAUAACACAAAAAGAUGGUUUCCUAUUUGAGGACUAGAAAGAAAAACACACUGGAUAUACCUUUUAGGCUUAUUUUAGAUUGUUUCAGAUGCACCUGUUUGAAGGCAGAGGCCAUGAGUUUGACACCACGACUAAAAUUCCUGACGUAUAAACUCUGUACUGGUUCUGCCCCACGGUUCCUGUCUGGGGCAAACGUUCAGGUGAAACAACAUUUUAAACGUUUAGUUGCUGCUGAGUCUCAUCAAAUCCUGAAAGAUGACAUUCCAGACUUGUUGCAAGGUACAAACCGGUUUUGGGUGACUCUAAUCUGACCAAUGGGGCUUUACUUCCUGCUUCUCUGCUAUAUUUCAUUGAGGGCUGUUCACGCUGCUGCAGGACUGACGUUACACCCUCAGAAGGGGUGCACAGGAAAACCAAGAGCAUUAGUGAGUCCUGGUCAAGAACAAUAGACGAGCAUGUUUAACAAGGGGCGGUAAACUGUGUGACCGUGGACUAAGGGACUUCCUGUUUGGAUCUGUGGAUCUACUAGAGGAGACAUUACACGCUGGUGGUCAUGUCACUUCCAGAGGAGGAUCUUACAUGUCCUGUUUGCUGUGACAUCUUCAGAGACCCCGUUCUGCUGCCAUGUAGCCACAGCUUCUGCAGGGACUGUCUGAAGCGCUGCAGGGACGCAGGGAUGCGAGAAUGUCCCGUUUGCAGGAAAAAGGGACCCAAGUCCAGUCCUCCAUCCAAUCUGGCUCUGAAAAAUGUCUGCGAGGCUGUUCAGCAGGCCAAGAGGCAAAAUUCAGAGGACAAGACAAAUUGUAACCUGCAUGGGGAGAAAUUAAAGCUCUUCUGCCUGGUUGACAAACAGCCCAUCUGUGUGGUGUGUCAGUCAUCCAAACUGCAUAAAAACCACGAAUGUUUGCCCAAAGACGAGGCUCUGCAGGACUGCAAGGAUGAACUAGAAGCUUCCCUCAAAAACCUGCGAGAAAAACUGAAAAGCCUUGAAGAAAUCCAAAGAACAUCAGCUGAACUGUUAAAGCAUGUUGAGAGUCAGAUGCUGGAAACACAGGCGGCCAUCAGGAGCCAGUUUCAGCAGCUACAUCAAGUCCUCUACGACGAAGAGUCGUCCAGAUUAGCAGCUGUGGAAAGAGAGAAGGAAGAGAAGAUCACAGCAAUGAAAGAGAAGAUUAGAAACACCUCAGUAGAUGUGAUUAGUGCCACUGAGACCAUCGCUGUUAUCCAGAAGCAGCUGACGGAAAAUGACAUGGAUUUAUUGCAGAAUUUCAAAGCCACACAGGACAGAAGUCAAGGUGUGCUGUCUGGUUUACACAACAUGUCUGGGCUGCUGAUGGAUGUGACGAAACACCUCUCCAACCUGAAAUGCAGAGUCUGGGAGAAAUUGUUGGACUCCGUUGGCUAUACUCAUGUAACUUUAGACCCUAACACAGCACACCCCUGCCUCGUCCUAUCUGAUGACCUCACUUCCCUCCACUACUCUAAACAACCAAGCUGUUGCCCGGACAACCCAGAGCGCUUCCACAUGAGUGCAGAAGUGGUGGGCUCAACCGCGUUUGAUUCAGGAAGUCACCACUGGGUUGUAGAAACAGGAAGUAGUCCUGACUGGCUCUUGGGCGUAGCCUCGUCAUCCGUGCAGAGAAACACUGAAGUCUCUGCUCGGCCUGAGAACGGCUUCUGGACUUUGUGUUUCCGGGAUGGAGAGCUCAGAGCAAUGACCUCCCCUCCCGCUCUGCUGGAAGUUUCCAAUACGCCCAAACAGGUCAAAGUACAACUGGAUUAUGAGAAAGGAAUGGUGUCCUUUCUGAACCCUGCAGACAACUCACUCAUUUAUGCAUUCACACAGACGUUUACGGAGCCUUUGCUUCCAUAUUUUUACACAAAAAGCAGUCGACCACUGAGAAUAAAGCCAGAGAAGGUUCUGAUCACAACGCUGAUUCAUCCAUUCACUCCACCUUAAUUUUACCAGCAUGCCGUGAGACUGACUCCACAGCAGCACACCAGUAAAGGUGAUCAGGAGUUUGUUUGCAAAUAAAACCCCUACAUAACACACACACACACACACACACACACACACACACACACACACACACGCACACACACACGCACGCACACACACGCACGCACGCACGCACGCACGCACGCACACACCUAAGGGCACACUUACCUGAAGGCAUCCACAGAGAAAGCAUUUGUGAUGCUGCACAUUAAAAUAUGAGCAAAAUCGAACAUCUAACUAAACACGACUGUUGUUGUUUUAUGUGUGUUUGUUUUUGUGCUAUUUUACCAAAUGGUCGUCGUCGUCGUCUUCCUCCGCUUGUCCGGGUCCGGGUCGCGGGGGCAGCAUCCCAACUAGGGAGCUCCAGACCGUCCUCUCCCCGGCCUUGUCCACCAGCUCCUCCGGCAGGACCCCAAGACGUUCCCGGACCAGAUUGGAGAUGUAACCUCUCCAACGUGUCCUGGGUCGACCCGGGGGCCUCCUGCCGGCAGGACAUGCCCGAAACACCUCCCCGGGGAGGCGUCCAGGAGGCAUCCUGACCAGAUGCCCAAACCACCUCAACUGGCUCCUUUCGAUCUGGAGGAGCAGCGGUUCUACUCCGAGUCCCUCCCGAAUGUCCGAGCUCCUCACCCUAUCUCUAAGGCUGAGCCCGGCCACCCUACGGAGGAAACUCAUUUCGGCCGCUUGUAUCCGCGGUCUCGUUCUUUCGGUCGUUACCCAAAGCUCAUGACCAUAGGUGAGGAUUGGGACGUAGAUCGACCGGUAAACCAAAUGGUGCAUUUUUCAUUUUCUUGUGUUUUUUGCUAUGCGGGUCUUGUUUUUUUUGGGUUUGUCAGUGUUUUAAAUAGCAUUGUUUGCUUUGAGGAAUACAGGAGUGCUUCAUGCAACCCUGUUCUGCUUUAUUGUUGACAUUUUUCUUUCAACUCAGUAAAAUGUUUUUGUUUACUGUUCUUUUGUUUAGAUUAAUGUAAAUAAUUCUAACAAACACAGAGGAAUUGUGAAAAGACUGUGUCAAAUACAGUCCAGGCCAAAAGUUUGGACACAUCUUCUCAUUCAAUGAGUUGUCUUUACUUUCAUGACCAUUUACAUUGGUACAUUCUCACUGGAGGCAUCAAAACACACGUGGAGUUAUGUACUUAACCCAAAAAGGUGAAAUAACUGAAAACAUGUUUAUGUUUUAUUUGCUCUGAUUACUGCUUUCCACACUCUUGGCUUUCUCUUGAUGGACUUCAAGAGGUGGUCACCUGAAAUGGUUCCAGAGGUGUUUAGCACUUGUUGGCCCCUUUGUAAACAGUCAUGGUCAUGAAAAUAAAGAAAGCACAUUGAAUGUGUCCAAACUUUUGGCCUGUGCUGUGCUGUAUGUUACUGUAAUCUGCAACAAAAUUAAAUAGAUAAAACAUCAAA